UCUUCACACAUUCCUUGUUCAAUUUUUGUCGCAACCAUCCAAUUUUAUCAAGCGCAUUUCUUGUUCAUCGUCAAUCCAUUUGCAUGUUAAUCAAUCCAAAUUUCUCAACGUAACGAAAAAACCCUAGUAAUUUCAAAUAAGAAGUUCCACAAACACAGUUCAUGUUCAUGUCUAUACAGGAUUGUGAUUUGUGGAAGAAACCUCUCCCAACACGAGAUAAUACGUCUCUAAUGAUUCACGUUAUUGGAUGGGUUUAAGGUCGUGGUAUUUGCAUAAAUCAAGGAUCAAAAGAGGAUUAUACAUCAACAUCCUGAUUUAUAUGUGAAUUAUCGUUAGAGAGUUUUUCAUUAAGUUGGUUGAAUUUGGUGAUUGAUAUACAACAUCUCCAUGGAUAUGGAAAGUGUAUGUCAUUAAUGAUUGAUAUAAUAGAAAUAGUCUUAAUUUAUUGUUGAAAGAUUGGAAUCUGUUCCAAGGAUUAAGUAUAUUAUUAGCGUGGUAGAUGUUUCUAGGCUAGUGAGAUGGAAGGGAAGGAAAGGAGAUGGUAAUCUGCAAAAGUGUUUCCAACAUCAACAAAUAAUAUAAUGUUUGUGAGGUAACAAAUGCCAAAUAGAGUAAUCCGUGAAGCAUAAUAUUCCAAGAAUGACGACAGUAGGCAACCAUAGACGCUGUAGAAGCGAAAUAGUGACGUCAUUAAAUACUCAAAAUCAAAGCAAUGGCUUUCAACGAUUGAAGAAUCAAAUGCAAAAAGCUUUAAACUGGGGUGGUGGCCAGGAUUUCAACCAAGAGAUUUUAGCUAAUCAGAAACGCCAAUGGAACCAGUUUCACUCAACAUCCUCGGAUGCCACCACAAAGUACCAAGAUCCAUCCUCGCUUUUUGAACAUUUUCUUAUAGCGGGUAUCCAUCCAAAUGCAAAUCUGGAGCCUGUUGAGGAUGCAUUUGCUCAUAGAAAGAUAUGGGAGGAUAGAGCCGACAAAACAGACCUAAUGGAUCUCAAAGUUAUGCAGUUUCGAUCACCUCCAAGUGUCACAAUGGAACCUCAGAUACUUUUCAAGUACCCUCCAGGGAAAAGGCUAUCUAUGCGCUUAGGAGAUUUAGCAUCCUUUUGCUUUCCUACUGGUGUGAAGGCGUGUGUGAUGGAGAGGACACCAUCACUGAAUGAGCUAAAUCAAGUCGUUUUACGGGCAGGAUCAUUUGACCAGAGAUGA